UUGGAGUUAGUUCAUAUCAUACAGUGUAGUUUAUUGAGUCAUUGGGCAAUACAAGCAAAGUUAGCCACGACAGUAUGGCGACCCUGGAUCAGAAAUCACCCAACGUGCUUCUCCAGAGCCUCUGCUGCAGGAUCACGGGGAAAAGCGAAGCUGAAGUUGCCCACCAGUUUCAGUAUGCAGUGCGAGUCAUUGGAAGCAACUACGCCCCCACCAUUGAACGGGAUGAGUUCUUGGUGUCUGAAAAGAUCAAGAAAGAAUUGCUGAAGCAGAGAAGAGAAGCAGACGCUGCUCUGUUCUCAGAACUGCACAGAAAGCUGCAGACGCAGAGUGUUCUGAAGCAUCGCUGGUCUGUGCUCUACUUGCUGCUCAGCCUCUCUGAAGACCCCCGCAAACCAUCCAGCAGGGUUGGAAACUAUGGGGCACUCUUUGCCCAGGCCCUCCCCAGGGACGCCCACUCCACCCCGUUCUACUGCACCCGGCCUCAGAGCCUGGCCCUGGGCUACGGGGAGAGGAGCGCCGGUCUGUCGGCCAGCGUGGGGACCAGCGGCAUCUCCAGCCUGGGCGUCUACACACUGAACGGGCCCACGCCAACGCCGCAGUCCCUGCUAGCUGGUCAACCCCCCCAGUCUGCAGCAGGAGCUGGUCAGCCUCUGGGCUCUCGGCUGGCCUGGACUCUUCCCGCAAGCUGCUCUCCUUCCUCUGCUCUGGCCCUGCCCGCAACUCGAGCACCCCUCGGACCCCCGGCUCCCUCCAGAGUGGUCCGUCCUCGCCGAGACGGGGAGGUGAGCGAGGCGGCGCUGGUACGGGACAUCCUCUACGUCUUCCAGGGAAUCGAUGGCAAGUUCAUCAAGAUGAGCGCCCAGGAUAACUGCUAUAAAAUAGACAGCAAGGUGGUGCUGUGCAAGUCUCUGAGGGACACCAGCAGCAGACUGGCCGAGCUCGGCUGGCUCCACAACAAAGUCAGGAAGUAUACGGACGCCAGGAGCCUCGACCGGGCCUUUGGGCUGGUCGGACAGAGCUUCUGCGCCUCGCUCCACCAGGAGCUGAAGGAGUACUACAGGCUACUGUCCGUCCUCCACUCCCAGUUGCAGGUGGAGGAUGAGCAGGGUGUGAUCGUGUGCACAGAGAGCAGUCUGACUCUCAGAAGGCUCCUGGUCUGGAUGUACGACCCCAAAGUCCGACUCAAAACGCUGGCCGCCCUCGUCGACUUCUGCCAAGGUCGGAAAGGAGGCGAGCUUGCCUCAGCCGUCCACUCGUACGGGAAAACGGGGGACCCACAGAUGAGGGCGCUGGUUCAACACAUCCUCAGCCUGGUGUCACACCCCAUCCUCAACUUCCUGUACAGGUGGAUCUACGACGGCGAGCUAGAAGACACCUACCACGAGUUCUUUGUAGCGUCAGAUCCCAACGUGAAGACAGAUCGUCUGUGGCACGACAAGUACUCCCUCAGGAAGUCAAUGAUCCCCUCAUUCAUCACCAUGGACCAGGCUCGCAAGGUCCUGCUGAUCGGUAAAUCCAUCAACUUCCUGCAUCAAGUUUGUCAUGACAGAACACCGCCGGGCAAAAUCACGCCGGCAUCCAAGUCUGCCGACACGCCCAAAGACGCUGCAGAGCUGCUGUCAGACCUGGAGGGGGCAUUUCAGGAGAAGAUCGAUGCAGCCUACUUUGACACCAGCAAAUACCUGCUGGACGUUCUCAACCGCAACUACCUGCUGCUGGAGCAUCUGCAGGCCAUGAGGAGAUACCUGCUGCUGGGCCAGGGUGACUUCAUCAGACACCUCAUGGACCUGCUCAAACCGGAGUUAGUGCGCCCUGCCACCACUUUGUACCAACACAACCUGACUGGUAUCUUAGAGACGGCAGUCAGAGCCACAAACGCCCAGUUUGACAACGCAGAGAUCCUCAAGAGGCUGGAUGUGCGCCUGCUAGAGGUGUCUCCUGGUGACACAGGCUGGGAUGUGUUCAGUCUGGACUACCAUGUUGAUGGACCCAUUGCAACGGUGUUUACAAGGGAGUGUAUGGGCCACUACCUGCGAGUGUUUAAUUUCCUGUGGAGGGCCAAGAGGAUGGAGUACACUCUGACUGACAUCUGGAAGGGACAGAUGUGUAAUGCCAAGCUGCUCAAAACCAUGCCUGAGUUGUCCGGCGUGCUGCAUCAGUGUCACAUCCUGGCUUCUGAGAUGGUCCACUUCAUCCACCAAAUGCAGUACUACAUCACCUUCGAGGUGCUGGAGUGCUCCUGGGACGAGCUGUGGAACAAAGUACAGCAGGCUCAGGAUCUCGACCACAUCAUCGCUGCACACGACGUCUUCCUUGACACCAUCAUCUCCAGAUGCCUGCUGGACAAUAACAGCAGGUCUCUUUUGAACCAGCUGAGGGCCAUAUUUGACCAGAUCAUUGAGUUUCAGAGCGCCCAGGACUCCCUGUACCGCUCUGCACUAGAGGAACUCACCCUCCGACUGCAGUAUGAAGAGAAGAAGAAACAGAGAGAGGAGGAGGGUCAGUGGGGAGUGACGGCCGAACAGGAAGCGGAGGAGAAGAAGAGGAUUCAGGAGUUUCAGGAAACCAUACCAAAGAUGCGCUCCCAGCUCCGCAUCCUCACCCACUUCUACCAGAGCAUCGUCCAGCAGUUCCUGGUGCUGCUGAUGACCAGUUCAGACGAGAGUCUGCGUUUCCUCAGCUUCAGACUGGACUUCAAUGAACACUACAGAGCCAGAGAGCCGAGGCUGCGAGCCUCACUAGGCGCCACCCGGGGGCGACGACUGUCAAAUAUCUGACACGAUGGCGCAGGCGUUGACGGACGAGGCUUCCAGCCGUUGGAGCAUGGGGUAUGACAUCACAGUGGGCAGUUGUGACAUCACCGAGAUGGGACCGGCCAGCAGACUUGAUGCGCCUCAUGUCGAAAUGAUGUCAUGCCUUGGAGGAGCGAUGCAGCGCCGUCCCGAACGUUCCGGCUUGGCAGCGGCUGCGGUCGCCAAGUGAUGACAUCACAGCAGGCAGCUCCAGUGAAGUGGGCCGCGCAGGAUCACGAAGGAAUAAAAUCCAGUAAAUCAGACUUUCAGAGCUUGUCGUGACAUGCAGAGUAAACACCACCAAACAGACAAUUCCACAAGACGUCUGCGAAACAUGAGUUCAAUUUGGGAAAACGAAGUCCAGCCGAGUGUGAAGAGAUAAAUAAAAGCUGCUGUCAGACUCGAGUCACACAGGGCCACCUUACAUGGCAUGCCUUAUUAAUGAGGAAAAAAAACAAAACCUUUUUCCUCAGCUUGGUUGCCAAAUCUAGUCCCAACCCACGUAAUGUAUGUACAUAGAGUUUAUGCAAGAAUGUAUGUAUGUAUGUGUAUAUACGCGUCUUUUCACAUCAGCACCUGUGGCUUUGCAUCUUCUCACUAGGGUUCAACCGAUAUGGGUCCGAUAUUGCUAUUUUUUCAAUUUUGUAUUUGUAGCAGUUAUUAAAACGAUAUAAAUCUGAUCAUUUUUAGUAAAAAUUCUUCCUGAAGAGGCUGGAGAUGUGUUCUCAUUAAGGUGAAAAUGACAGUAUGAGGCACUGAAGCUGUAUGGACAGGCAGGAGUCUUCAGCAUAUUGAAUAUUUAAUAUUUAUGGUCAGUAUUGGUGCACCGGUAUAUCGGUCUAACCCUAGUCCUCCACUCUCUCCUCCUCAAAAUCCAGGGUUUUUUAGUGCGUCAGGUCAGCUGUCCAAUCACAAUCAUGCAGUGGAUUUUAAAUUACGCACACAGCACGCAGUCGCAGACAGUCCUGCUUCCAGCUGCGUGAAGAACCAUGCUCAUACAGACUAAAAGCCCCUUUGUUGCCCAAUUUGUAUACACCUUAUAGUAAUUUCUGCCAUUAGUGGCUUUAAUAGUUUUCGUUUUUAGCUGUUUGCUAUUAAUGGGUGAGAAACAGGAAACAAAAGAGCAUCUGUCUUCACCUUGACUCAGAAUCAGCUGAUACAAAGAAUGUUUUUCCGAGUUUAAUUUCCAUUUGUGUGGUUUCCCUCCGUUUCCCUGCUCAGUUUACACUUUAUUCUUUUGCGUCUGUAUGAGAUGGAUCGCGUCCAAGAAACACUCCUCUCAACAACCACAACGACCUCACUUCUUGUCAUUGCAUAAACAAUAGCAACUAUAAAUGUUCAGAUGUUUCUUAAAAAAAUGUAAAUAUUUCUCAGUGACAGUCCAUGUUUAAAGAAUUUAAUGGUUAUAUGAACGUGGCCCGUUUAUUUUCUGAAACAAGACACUGUAAAGGAAACAAGAGUCGUGUUAGUAGUGUUUUUAAGUGAGAUUUGCUCUACGUGCAUAUGAGGAUGCUGACAGCAUCCGGGUGGAAGUGGUUCAGUAUAGUAGCACAAGGUGUUGCUCACUUUUCAUCAACUGGAUCACUCAGACUGUCUGUCUUUUUUAAAUGUUAAACUGAGGAGGGGAAGCAGUCCGUGUGAUGGAUGCAAUCCUCUGUGAGCGCAUGCAGAAAAAUGUCGACCUGACCCAAACCCAAAAAUGUCAGUCCAAGCUUACAGUCAGUCUGAGAGGAGCUGACAGCCCUGAAUUAUAAACGUACAAUCGAUCCCAAACCUGAACAUUGAAGUCAACCUCUCGCUUCAGCCCAAAAAUGGAAAAUCAAAGUCUUGUUUGCUGUGUUGGACGUGGCUAUAUGCUGGAUUUCCUUCUUAGUGUACAGUUAAAAGCUUUCCACUCAAGUAAAAAUUCAAUCAUCAAGUAAUACAAUCCUUUCCAUAUGAACCGCUGUGAGCAGCGACCUCCCCUUGGUGAAGCUCUGACCCUGGGUUAGGGAGCACGUUUCCAAAAACAAAACGAUUAACGGACAUGCGUCAAUUAUCAGCUUUAACACCUCUUCACUGUUCUAAUCUGGUCUGUCAGGCUCUUCCAAAUCCACAUUUAACUCCAUUAAAAGUGCAGAAGUAUGUGAAGUCUGUAUGAUCGACUUGUAACAAGCUACACAAACGUGUGUCAAGUGAUGUUCCAGGUUUGAUUCUUUUGUUUCUAUCGUCCGUGAAACAAAUGGGUGCUGCAUACGGUCACCGGACCAGCUGACUGCUUUCUUACAAUGAAUUCUUUCUUGCAUAUGUGUUUAAAAAGAUAAAAAUAAAAAACGAAUAAAGGUGAAAUGAGACAUCAAACUGAA